AUGCCGCCGCUGGCGAGGGCAUCACAGCGAAGCCGGUAUUCCAAGAAAAGGGCGCCGCCGGAGAGGGACUGGGCGGAGCUGCACCAGGACCUGAUCUCGUGCAUCCUCCACAGGCUGGACCAGGCCGAGCUCCUGAUCGGCGGCGUGGCGGGCGUGUGCCGUUCAUGGCGCCGCGCCGCCCGGGAGGAGCCGGAGCUGGGGCGCCGCAUCGACCUGCGCGGCGGCCUGUGGUUCGUCCCGCCGUUCCGCCGCGAGUGGAGCCUCGAGACCAUGGUGCGGAAGGCCCUGCGGCUCGGCGCCGGCCAGUGCGAGGCCUUCCUGUGCGAGCGCGUCGACGACGACAUCCUCCUCAUCCUCGCCGAGCGGGCACCCUCGCUAAAGAGCCUUCAUCUCAUUAGCUCAUCUGUCUCCGAUCAAGGAUUUGAAAAGGCGAUCAAGAUGUUACCCCUGCUUGAGGAGCUCGAGAUUUCCCAGUGUUUAAGCAUACAUAGUAUGAAGGUGUUUGAACUUGUUGCUAGAGAAUGCCCAUUGCUGAAGCACUUCCGACAUGUUGCGGGAAUGCACUUCGCAAAUGGUAAUGCAGUAGCAUUUGCGGCUGCAAGUAUGCACAAGCUACGUUCCUUGCAUCUUGUCGGCCAUACCUUCCACAGUGAAGGACUGGUAGCCAUCCUUGACAACUGCCAUGAUCUAGAUGACCUCAACAUGCGAGAGUGCAAACCUAUUGCAUUGAUGACAGCCUACAAGUGA